UGUACGACAAGAAGCCGAGAAAGUGAUCGCCAGUGUGUAUCAAAUAUAUGAUCAACAUCCAACGUUGUGAGUGAGCAUGUCCAGUGUGUAUCAGUGACCGCGUGAACCAAAGUGAACAAAGUAUCACAUCCAUCCUUCUGAAAAACCGGACCGGAAACACAUCCCCCCCAACCGGUUUCAAUCCCGGUCGAAAUUUUCCGCUCAUUGCCGAACUAUGCGUGGUGCGAGAUGGUGUGUUCUCUGACCAACAACAACAACAACAACAACAACAACAACAACAACAACAACAACAAAAGCUGCAACGACACCGGUGGCGAGCCGUGCACGGACUUGCGAUCCAGCCCAGAGGCGCAGCCGGGCGAGAACAUGUCGUCGUUGAGCGACGCUCACAGGCGGAACAGCCAUUUGGAAGGCGACAGAAGUUCGUCGGCAGGCUCCUCUCUGGGCUCGUGCUCGCCACCACCGGCCUCGAGCCACUCUCCACCGCCUCCCAGGCCGCCUUGGCUCCACGAUUUCCACGCGGCGGCCGCCCCUCACGUCCUCCAAUUUUUGAACCUGAGCGCUGCCGGGGGCAGCAUGCUGGCCAGCCAGCCCCUGGCGGCGUUGCACUCGAUGGCGGAGAGGAGCCACCAUCAGCAGCAUCAACAGCACCAACAGCAUCAACACCAGCAGCAGCAGCAACAGCAGCAACAGGCCCAUCAUCAUCAUCAUCAGCAGGGGCAACAAACAGGGGGGGGCAUACAGUUGCCGAGGAUCAGCGUGCCCUUGUCCACGAUCACGCAGGGGCAAGCGUCGCCAACGGGGAGCGGGAAGCACAGCCCGGCAACCUCCAUCACCUCCGUCGGAAGCAAUCCGCACGGCAUCGACACGAUAUUGUCGCGGCCGGCGGCCACCCAUCCUCAGGCACCCGUGUCGGCGACGCACGCCGCGCUUCAACCGACGCCGCAUCCUCAGCACAUGACGGCGCCUCGAUACGGGAUGCACGCGGGAUUCACUGCUUCGACGGGUAUCGGGCAAUUUCAACAAAGAACGGAGCCACGGCAUCCUGCUGUCUAUUGGCCAGGUCUUCAGGGAUUAGUGAGUGAUCCCCUGGGAUGGAGAGCAAGGCUACACACACUGUCGCAACAGCUGGGCUGUCAGCAGACGAUGACAGGAUCCGGCGGAGCCGGCGAGCACGAGGGCGGCAAGAAGAAGCACACGAGGCCGACGUUCAGCGGGCAGCAAAUCUUCGCCCUCGAGAAAACGUUCGAGCAGACGAAAUACCUAGCGGGGCCGGAACGCGCUAAAUUGGCCUACGCCCUCGGCAUGUCGGAAUCGCAAGUCAAGGUAUGGUUCCAGAACAGGCGGACAAAAUGGCGGAAAAAGCACGCGGCCGAGAUGGCGACGGCGAAGAGGCGGCAAGAAGAGGUCGAGGGCGUCGUCGCCGAGGGUGAGGACGGUUGCAGCGACGCGGAGGCCGAGGGAAACAGCGAAACCGCCGCGAAAAGGCUCAGAAGGGAGCUCGAGCAACAGUAUAGGCAUUAAAACUUAAUGUGAGAUGUCGAUUCGAAGAAAAGGGAAAAGGGAUCGAAAGACUAGAUUCUGAAAUGCUAGAUAGAUUCUAAGUAAAAGGAAAUGAAGGAGUGUGUGGCGAAAAGGAUUUUAAAAAAUUCACAGAUUUCCAGCUUGUCGCAGUGCUUCGAUUGUUUCGUGGGUUGAAUUGG